AUGCCAACGACAACGGGAGGGCAAGGCGGAGCAGCGCUAAAGGAGGAUGACAAGAUGCCACUAUUCCUGAUCAAGUUAUGGAAUAUCGUGGAGGAUCAGUCCUAUCAAAACAUCAUUCGAUGGGAUGACAGCGGCUACAGCUUCCAUAUAAUCGAUCCGUAUGCGUUCUGCAAGAACGUGUUACCGCAUUACUUCAAGCACAACAACCUGAACAGCCUAAUUCGCCAGCUGAACAUGUAUGGCUUCCGUAAGAUGACACCGCUGGAUCGGGGUGGAUUGACGCGCUCUGAAUCGGACCAAGACCAUCUGGAAUUCAGCCAUCCAUAUUUCGUGCGUGACCGUCCCGACCUGCUUGGCAAUAUCAAGAGGAAGUCAUCUGCACGAGCCCCUGUUCAAGUGAACGAGCAAGGUGACAAGAUGGGUCAAAGCAUUAAUAUUGUCAUGGAUGAGCUGCGGAAUCUUCGCGAUAAGCAGAAAGGGAUGAGCAACCGGAUGGAGGAUUUGAUCAAGGAAAAUGAAAGCUUGUGGGAAGAACUCUCUAUACAGCGCGCUCAACACCAAAAGCAGCAGCAAGUGGUUAACAAGCUUGUUCAAUUCCUCGUUGCACUUGUCCAGCCCACCACGAAAAAUUCAUCCAGACUUGGUUCCAAGCGCAACUUACUUGCGAUCGAUGAGCCAUUGAGCAAGCGCUUGCGUGGAAACCCUUCCACCUCGGGCAUCCAAUCGUCAAGCGGCCUUAGCGACAUCCUGGAUCGCUUACAACGGGAACUGAUGGACGGAUCGUUUUCCAACAAGUUUUCGUUCCCUACGAAUGGAAAGGAAGGACCGAUUAUAGCCGAUGUGACCGAGGAGUUGGCUCAAUCAACGAACGUUGAUCAGCCACCAUUCGCCAAUGUCCAAACUCGUGCUCCACAUCCACAGCAGGGUGUCUAUCAGCAACAGCCCUCUCGAAACCCGCAGUAUCACCCACCCAUGACGUCGACGCAGCCUUCAACCUCGCGUCUCUCCGCACCAUAUGUGGAGCAUGCUUAUACACCUCAGCAAGGGCCCAUCAACCAUCCCGCUGCUCCGCCGCCAAAUCCAAACAUGGUUCAACCGUCGCAGCCAAUCGAAAAUACUUUCUCCAACGAGCUCUCGGAAUAUUUGAGCGGCGUAGAUAUGGGCAUUGAUAAUUGCCGUGAUCUCAUUGGAGGCAACUGGGAUUACACGUUUGAUGAGGAUGCGUGGAAUCAACUAGACCCAGAUCGCCAGAUCUUUUCGCCUACAAAAUCUCAGACGCGACAACUUGCCCUGGAAGACGGCCCGGCCACAUCUCCGGAGAAUCAAAACAGUAACCGUACUUUGUUGGCCAGUCCUGGUCCUGGCCAUAUGGAUCUUUUCCCUCAUACCCCCGAGUUGCUAACGCCCAUCCAAUCACCACGU